ACAACCACUGGCCGCCGUCACAGCAUAUCGACUAGUUUUAAGCACCAAUGUCAAGAAGAAAACAGGAAGUGGAAGAAGAUCUUUUUCAGCUCAAAGUCGUCAGUGAAGAAUCUACAAACGUUGAAGUCCUCCUCCUCUUCCUCCAACUGUACUUUCUUACAAGUUACAAAGACUAGAGCACUUACGCACUCCCCUAAUUCUCUGUCCCCAAAUCUCAUAGCAUAUCUCAUUCCAUUUUGUCCAAACACAAAACUCAUAGCAUGUCUCGUUCCUCACCGCUCCAUAUCCGAUAGCACUCACAAAUUCUUUUUUUUUAAAAAAUCUUUCUUCAGCAUCUUGUUCAGUGCCAGACUGUUACAUUCACUUCAUUACCUAUACCAGUAAAAGUCAUGAAAGACGCCUGCACUUUCAUUCUUAUGUUGCUAAUCCAAACCCAGCUCUUCUUUUGCUCAGCUGAAACUUCAAUGUACACUAAAGAUUCUGCAGCAAUGCUAGUUUUGCCCCUGAAAACCCAAGAAAUCUCAACCGGGUCCCUCCCCAGAGCUGCUAACAAGCUUCCAUUCACCCACAAUGUCACCCUCACAGUUUCUCUGGCAGUGGGAACGCCCUCACAGAACGUUACCAUGGUCCUCGACACAGGAAGCGAGCUCUCGUGGCUGCAGUGCAACACCACCCGAUCCGGGCAACCCGUUUUCUUCCCGAACCGGUCAUCGUCCUACUCGCCCGUCACUUGCUCCUCCCCCACCUGCACCACCCGAACCCAGGACUUGUCCAUUCCGGCUUCCUGUGAUUCUAGGAAUCUCUGCCACGCCGUGUUGUCGUACGCGGAUGCCUCUUCUUCAGAAGGGAAUCUGGCAUUGGACAACUUUAACGUUGGCGGGUCGAAUUUUCCUGACACCAUAUUCGGCUGCAUGGAUUCGGGUUACAGCAGCAACUCCGACGAAGACUCGAAGACGACCGGGUUGAUGGGCAUGAAUCGCGGGUCGCUUUCUUUUGUCUCUCAGAUGGGCUUUAAGAAAUUUUCCUACUGCAUUUCUGGUUCCGAUUUCUCGGGUGUUUUGUUGCUGGGCGACGCCAAUUUUACAUGGCUGAUACCCUUAAAUUAUACACCUUUGGUUCAAAUUUCAACCCCGCUGCCUUAUUUUGAUCGGGUGGCCUACACGGUUCAACUCGAAGGUAUUAAGGUUUCGGAUAAAUUGCUCCAGCUGCCAAAAUCCGUAUUUGAACCCGAUCAUACGGGAGCGGGGCAGACCAUGGUUGACUCGGGCACCCAGUUUACCUUCCUCCUGGGUCCGGCUUACACAGCUUUAAGAGCUGAAUUCGUGAACCAAACCAGUGCGGUGUUGCGGGUUCUGGAGGAACCUGAAUUUGUUUUCCAAGGGGCGAUGGACCUGUGUUUCCGGGUUCCAAUGAACCGUACAAACAUACCAGAAGUGCCGUCGGUGAGUUUGGUGCUUCGGGGCGCGGAGAUAGUGGUUUCGGGGGAGAGGCUACUGUAUCGGGUACCGGGUCAAGUUAGGGGAAGCGAUGAGGUGUACUGCUUCACGUUCGGGAAUUCGGAUCUAUUGGCAAUCGAAGCAUACGUGAUCGGGCACCAUCACCAACAAAAUGUGUGGGUGGAGUUUGACCUGGAAAAGUCAAGGAUUGGUUUCGCUCGCUUACAAUGCGACCUGGCAAGGCAAAGAUUCGGCGUUUACCGUUCCCAUAAUUUUUAAUUUUAACGACGGUCCGUGAAUGAUGAUGGUCCCCUGACAUCGGACGGGUGUCUUGUACAACGUACGUACCAGACCUGGAGUUUAGAAGAUCGUCAUCAGCAACAAUGGCGGCUACUCCUGCAACCAAACAAAAUGCUGGUAUAUUGCGGCUCUUUGUUUGUGUCUUUUUUUUUUUGUGUCUGUUUCAUAAUUUCUAAGUGAUAAAUACUCUCCUCAGUAUCUAUCAAUCUGUUUCAUAUAGCAAUCUUUCUGUUCUAGUGGUGAAAUAAGUUUUGGUAGGAAAGAAUAUUCCUAAUAAUAACAGAGAGUUGUAGCUAAGGCUCCAAAGGCUUGAA